UUGGUAAAGUUGGUCAGUUGGUGUGUGUGUUUGUGAGUAAGGAACUUUCUGUGUGUGAGCUUGAGGAUCCUGGAGAUUACCCCCUCCCACAGCCACUCAAAGGAAAGGUCAUGGCCAUGGCUGCUUUCCUGAUAGCUUUGGUGCAAAUGGCUCUGUUGCUACCAGCUUUUGGAGGAGCAUAUUAUGGGCACAAGCCACAUCCUCAGCAACACCAACCUAUACCGCAGAUGACUCACCUGGGCAUGGGAAAGGAUAUACAACACAUGCCAUAUCCACAUUACAGAAAAGAUAUACCUAUGCACCUCAACAAAGGCAAAGAGUUCAAAGGUGAGACCAUUCCCCAAGGUGAACAGGGUACUCCAGGAGAAAUUGGACCUCAAGGGCCCCCUGGCCCACCUGGACCCCAAGGACAUCCUGGACCAAAAGGUAUUGGUAUGCAAGGCCCUCCUGGAAAGCCAGGGCCUUCUGGUUCUCCAGGAUUUCCUGCCGUUGGUAAGCCAGGAAUGCCAGGUAUGCCAGGAAAGCCAGGAGGUAUUGGUCAGCCUGGGCAGCAAGGUGGACAGGGACCCAGAGGUGCAGAGGGACAACCAGGCUUGACUGGGCCACCCGGACUCCCUGGACCCCCUGGCCUGCCUGGAAUAGGAAUGCCUGGUGGGCAAGGAUUACGUGGACAGCCAGGAGGUAAAGGAGAUUCAGGACAUAAAGGUUUUCCUGGUCUACCAGGGUUACCUGGUCCUAAAGGAGACAGGGGAAUAGGACAACCAGGCCCACCAGGGACCAAAGGGCAAGGUGGACCACCAGGACUCCCAGGGCAGGCAGGAUUACCUGGAGUAGGUAAAAAUGGUCUUCCUGGUGUGUCAGGUCCACCUGGUUUGCCAGGAAAAGCAGGACAUCCUGGGGAGCCAGGUCCAGAGGGUCCACCUGGUGAACAGGGGCCACAAGGGCCACAAGGGUCCCCUGGUAUUGGAAAUCCAGGACAAAAUGGAUCCCCAGGCCAGCCAGGUGUGCCUGGUCACAAAGGAUUAUCAGGACCACCAGGGUUACCCGGAAAACCUGGAUUACCUGGAAUUGGCAAACCUGGAUACCCUGGCCAAAAGGGUGACAAAGGAAUUGGAGGACCAUCUGGUGUUCCAGGACAAAAAGGAGACAAAGGUUAUGGUGGUCAACCAGGUAUAAUGGGUCCACCAGGUCCAACUGGUCCUUCAGGCCCUACAGGACCAGUCGGGCCCCCAGGUGAAAUUGGCAGUACAGGACUAAAAGGAGAAGGAGGUGCAGAAGGAGCCAAAGGCGAUCCAGGACCUAUGGGGCAACCAGGUCCCCCAGGUUUUUCUGGCCAACCAGGCCUCCAAGGUGAGGAUGGAGAAUCUGGGCCUAGAGGGCUACUUGGACCUAUUGGUCCCAAAGGAGAAGGAGGACAAAGAGGUCUACCUGGUCCUCCUGGUCAAACUGGCCUACCUGGUCAGAAAGGAGAACCUGGCAAGUAUGGUAUUGAAGGACCUCAAGGUCCUAAAGGAAUUCCAGGACUUGCAGGGCCAGGAGGACCAAUUGGACCUCCAGGACCUGCUGGGCCAAAAGGAGAAGUUGGUCCACAAGGUCAAGUUGGUCCACCUGGUGAAGGCAACACUGGUGUCCCUGGUCCUCUUGGACCUCCAGGUCCACCUGGCCCAAAUGGCCCCCCAGGUCAACCAGGAAAUCCAGGUCUCCCAGGACCUCCUGGACCCCCAGGUCCACCACUUUCCCCUGAUCUGAUGGGUGUUCUUCCUGAGAUGGGCCCAGCCCUGGAUGGUAUGAAAACUGGUGGGUAUAAGAAAGGGAAGUAUGCAGGUGGAGGUGAUAUGAUGGGUGCCAAUGGUUUGGAGAUGCCUGCUUUUACUGCCCAACUGACCACACCAUUCCCUCCAGUUGGCACACCAAUAGUUUUUGACAAAAUGCUGUAUAAUGGGCGUCAGAAUUACAACCCUCAGACAGGUGUGUUCACCUGUGACCUCCCAGGAAUUUACUACUUCACCUAUCAUGUGCACUGCAAGGGUGCCAAUGUCUGGGUGGGGCUCCACAGGAAUGGGGAGCCAGUCAUGUACACAUAUGAUGAGUACAAGAAGGGAAUCCUGGAUCAAGCAUCCGGGAGUGCUGUAAUUCCAUUACAACCAGGAGACACGGUUUACUUACAAUUACCAUCUGACCAGGCGGCUGGAUUUUAUGCAGGACAGUAUGUCCACUCCUCCUUCUCUGGCUUUUUACUAUACCCAAUGUAAACAGCAAGAAUAAAUGAGAAAUAAAUUGAAGGAGAAAUUGUAAAGGAUGGACUGGCAUUGAAUUUGAAACUUUAAUAAAAUGUCAGUAUUUUUCGGUACAUUCAUACAGGAAAGAAAGAAGAUGACCCAUAGAAACAGCUUUUUUAAAUGCAACCCAACUAUAUUUAUCUACAGACUGUACGAGUAUAUGAAAUGGUAAAUAACAGAGUACUGUAUCUAUAAAGAUACGACUACCUGCACAAAGACCUGUAAAACAAAUAAUCAAUGCACCACCAAAUUUAAAGAGAGAUUUUUUGAAAAGAUUGUACUUGGAAUGCAUUUGUUGUCCAACAGGUAUACAUGCUUUAAAAUGUUUAAACUUUUCACGUUAUUGUAUGUCACUGUGAUAUUUAAAUGAUAACAAAACUAACAUAUAUUAUUUCAGAAUGACAUGAAAAAUGGCGGUUUUAAUUUUUUUUUUCACAUAUAAAAUUUUUCCUUUUUUUAUCAAUGAUUUUUUUUAAUGUUAUAGGUUUUUCACACCUGUAAUAUUGUAACACAAGCUCUGCAUGAACUGCAACCAAUUUCUGAUUAGAUAAAGAGUUGUUUGUGUAUGUGUGUGUGCGUGAGUAUGUAUGUAGAUGUUUGUGUGUAUGUAUGUGUGCUCAAUCCGUAAUAAUCUGUUAUUGAAUUGUUUUCUAGUAGAUUGUCUUUCUUGCCCGCCCACAAAAUUAUUACAAUUUUAAACUCAUUUGUAUGAAAACCACUCCUGUUUCUAGAAUGAACAAUCAUCAUAAUGAUUAUUCAGUGCUUAACUUAUACAUAGUCUCAUUCAAACUCAAACAUUUAAAUCUCAGUCAUGAGCUGAAUUCAGUGGCUAGCUUUUCACUUGAAAAUAUACCUUUAUAUUUCAUAGCUGUUGUUUGACUACUAACAGUCUU